AUGGAAAUAUCAAAAGGAGCAAAUUCGAAUCAUCUUACAGAAGAUGACCUUAAAGCUCGGAUAAAAAGGCUCAAAGAAAUAGAUGAAGCCCUUUCUUCUACCUUGCAAGUCCAAGGCCAAAUUCAAAAUAGAUUUGACAAUAUUGAUGAAUUUAUUAAUCAUACAAUAGAGAGAUCUAUUAUCACUAUGAAAGCCUGCGCAGAUUGUAUGAUUUGUGAGAUGCAUAAAAAGAAGGAAAAUAUUUUGAAGCUUUUAAAGAGCAUUGAUGAAAGCAUCGAAAAUGAUGAAAAAGUUGUAAAAAUCAGAAAUGAGCGAAAUUGGUAUAUUAAAAGAGUAGAUUAGAUUAAAUUUUUAAAUGAGUCUUCAGGAUCUAUUCCACCUUCGCGGAUUUCAGACUUUCUACCCUAAGUAUUGGGUUGCACUUUAGCCUUUUCUGUCGACGUCACCAAAAAAUGGUGACGCCAUCAUCUCUAGGGGAAAUACACCCAGUUACUUCUUUGAACUAACUCCUAGCCAUCAGCACCUUCUAUCCGGUGAUGGAAGGUAGGAGGCAACCCCGAAUCCUCCUUCUGGUCUCCAUUGCCCUUCAUAUCCAGAAUUGUGAGUUGUCGUAUGGACUCUGGUCUACUUUCUCUGUGUCGAGGCAAAAAUUCCUAUCUUGGUAUCCCGACGAGGGAUAAAAAACGUACCCUGGACACAAUUUGCAGACCCCAUCCCUCUUAAACCCCAAAAAACCCCUAGGGUUUCGGGAGAAGGGCAGGUCUUAUAAGUCAUCAUUUUAUGUGUUUAAAAGAUUAGAAGAUUUAGAAGGAAGACAUAGGGAUUAUUCACAAAAAAUAAGCGAAAAAAAAGAAAGGAUAAACGAGUUAGAAGAAAAAAUAAGGGAUAUGAAAUCAACGUUGAAAACUGUAAAUGUACAGAAUAUGAAGCUGCAAUUAAAAAAAGAUAAAACUAAAAGAAGCUCGCUUCCUAAUAGUAUACAAAAUUCACCAAAAAGGCGUAGACCAGAGGCAAUUGGACAUUCGAGUAGAGUGAUUUCUGCGCUUGUUUCACCUAAAAAUGCUAUUCAGAAUUCUAAAAAGAAUUUUAAACCGGAUUUAAUAAAAUCUAUAAAGAAAUCAAUAUUGGAAACCAAAGCAGAAAUUAAAAAAGUCCAAGAAGAAAAUAUUAAAUCAAAUGGUUAUAACAUGUCCAAAUUUUUCAAAAGCUGCUAUGAUACUUUGCAUGACGAUCUUAUCAGAAAACUGCCAAAUAAGCUUUCUUUUAUAUACAAAAUGCUGACUGAAAAUGAUAUUGAAACCCCAAAACAUUUAAGAUCUUUGAGUUAUAAUGGAGAUUAUAUUCUUUUUUAAUUAAAAAAUAAUUUUUUAAAAAAUAAUCAUUCAGCCUAUAAAUUCAUUUUUUUAUAAUAUAUACCCAAUAUUAAGUCUGCAGGAAGAGUAAAACAAAUGGUAUAUUCUAAUUAGAAAGAAGAGCAGCUUCUAAACCUAAAAUUCACAUGACCUGAAUUCCAAAAAAUCGACUCCCACAAAGUGUUUAUUUUGCUUUCCGUUAAAGAUAACGUUUUAUCUGAGCUUAUGAAAACAAUUUCAGUCAAUUUUCCAAUCAAAAAGCACACUGAAAGACGAGAAAAAUUAAACUCCAUGUCUGAAUAUGAGCUAUGUAACAUCUAUAUAGGCAAACUUCGUGUCAGAAGAAAUGAAAACGGUGGUAUUUUGCCUUUAUAA